UUGAGCAGAUUGAGGCGCACUAUCGGUAGAAUACAACACCAGAGCCCACUACUCAUCAGCACUCAGCACUCAGCACUCAGCACUCAGCACUCAGCAUUCAGCACUCAGCACUCAUCAGCACUCAUAUCUGCGAGGUCCAGCUCACCUUGACUGUAAUGACCAAUGCCGGCGGCACAAAUUCCGGCCCGCUGGUCUGGCGUUCCCGCGAUGACUGCGUGUUUGUCACUGCCAUGCCGCCAUCGCGCUACACGCUGCACCACUGCACUUCAGGCUUCAGCGAACGGCUUCCAUACAGCUAACUAUAUAAUUAGAGGCGAGAAUGACGAAAAGUUAAAGGAAAGGUUUGUGCCAGAGCCCGAGACCUUGGGCGCUGAAAAAUUAGCAGAAUAUAACCAAAAAAUUAACCCACCGCAAGGAUCGAAACAACGCCUAACAGGACACGCUUUAUCCAAUCGAGCUACAGCGGUAACAUCAAGCGACGCAAUUGGUAUCAUAACCAUAUAUAACUUCCUGGUCCGCUGAAAAUAUUUUCCGUUGAUUUUUCACACCUCUUGAAUUUGACCAUCCAGCGCGGUGUCACAGCCCUACGACGUUGCUGCCAUUGCCCUCGUUGCUGUGCGACUUCUACUAAGUAGAUGGGACCAUGAGAGUGUAGUUUUCCUGCCAUGCACAAGUCCCUGGCUUUUCUAGACGGCCUUCAACGCGUGCAAGUGCUAUACAGCCGCUAAUUGAACACACUAUGAACGUGCUAAAUACUCCAGUACGACAAGCUAGAAGGUUCAUUCAUUCACCCACUCAGUUAUGCACAGCGACGAUUUGAUGUCACGUCAGUGAAUU